AUGGAGACUGAUGCUGGCACUGUAGCAAAAUGGGUGGCUUCUGAGAACAAUAGAUUUGAACGUUUAUUUAUUGCAUAUGGUUGUUCCAUUAAAGGAUUCUUGCUUGGGGCUAGGCCAAUUUUAUAUGUGGAUGGAUGUUUCCUUAGUGAUCCUUAUCAAGGCACCUUACUGGUAGCUUCAACAUACGAUGCCGAUAAUAAGUUGUUUCCAUUAGCUUUUGCAAUAGUUGGGAGUGAAACUCAUGAUGAUUGGACUUGGUUUCUUCAAAAUAUUAAAGAUAUCCUUGGUUCGCUACAGGUAACUAUUGUUUCUGAUAGAAAUAAUGCUAUUAUUGGUGCUGUUAGAGCCAUAUUUGAUGGUGAUAGACAUGCAUUUUGCUAUCAACAUGUUAAGGAGAAUUUUAGCUCUGAGUUUAAUAAAGUUUGUAGGGGAAUGGGAAGGAACAGCAAAGAAGAGGCACUAAAGUUGCUUGAUUACAUUGCUUAUGCAAGGCAUGAGCACGAAUUUCAUAUAGCCAUGGGAAAUUUGAGGAUAUGGGAUAAGAUAACAACCAAUUUGGCCGAAUCAUUCAAUGCAUGGAUUCUUGAGGAGAGGAGGCAUAAUAUAUGUGUUCUUGUAAAUGAGCAUAGAGACAAGUUGAGCAAGAAAUUUUUUGCAAGUAAGGCAGCCAUGACUAUUAAAGAAGUGCAUGGUAAUGUGUAUAACUAUGUCGAGGAAUGUUAUCUUCGUAGCUCACAAGAGAAAAUAUACAGUGGCAUUAUGCAUCCUGUUGAGACCCAUGACACGCCAAAGCCAAAUACGUUGACAGUGUCUCAGCUCAUGAACCAAACCUUUUUGCUGCCUCCUAGAACAUCUCGACCAGCUGGCAGACCUCGUCAUGUGAGGAUCGAGUCUCAACAUCAACAAAAGAAGGUUUAUCAUUGUUCUCGCUGCCAUAAAGCAAGUCAUACGAGGAAGAGGUGUAGAAAUCCAAAUCCAAGUUGA